AUGUCUGCUAAACCUACUCUCGUCUUCGUUCACGGCGCGUGGCACCGCCCAGAGACCUGGGACAAGGUCAACGCCGAGGUCGCCGCCAAGGGCUACAAGGGCAUCGCCGUCACCCUCCCGUCCACUCUCGGCGACCGCACCACGACCUUUGGCGACGACGUCCGCGCCGCGCAGGAUGUGAUCCGGCAAGAAACCGACGCCGGGCGCCACGUCGUCCUCGUCGUGCACUCGUACGGCGGGCAGGUCGGCAACAGCGCCGUCCAGGGCUUCUCGCGCCAUUCGCCUGGCCGCGAUGCGACCGCGCCCGCCCACGUCAUUGGACUCGUCAUGAUCGCAACCGGCUUCACCGUGACGGGCGUGGCAUUCCUCGAGGCCAUGGGCGGCACCCCGCCCCCCUCGUGGCGGCUCAACGACGGGACGGGCUUCGCGGAGAUCGUCGCGGAGCCGCGCGACAUGCUCUACCACGACCUGCCGGAGGAGGAGGGCCGGGCGUGGGUGGCGAGGAUGACCAAGCAGGCGCAGCUGCCGCUGACGGGCGGCGGCGAGCACGCGUACGCGGGGUGGCGGGAGGUGCCGACGUGGUACCUAAAGACGGUGGAGGACCACGCGCUGCCGGUGCAGCUGCGGGUGGCGCGCGAGGAGGGCGCGGACGUGACGGACAGAGGGCUGCCGACGAGUCACUCGCCGAUGCUGAGCCGGCCGAGGGAGGUGGGCGAGUUCAUCGACGAGGCUGCACAGUACUUUGUGAGCAAGCAGUAG